AUGGAUGCCAGAAAUAUCAUCUACAAGGUGAUCAAACCACGACGAAGCCUUGCCAGCUCGUAUUCUACUACAGGUGAAGACUCGGAGAGUCUCCUGGAGAAGAAGCAAGUGUUUCAACGGCGACAUAGCUGGUGGGAGAUAAGCAGGUCGAGCUACAUUUGGGCAGCCCAUACCAUAUUCUUCCUAUUUUCACUCUCAUUCUUUCUCUCGGGGCUUCAGCAGAGAUAUCCGACAGAACAGCAGUGCGCGAGGCAACUGUCAGCUUACUCACCGGCCUUGGAUGCAGUGGAAUAUGAGAUGGUUCGCUUCCAAGGCGCGUUGCUCGAUGAGAACCCCUACAAAGUGGGACAAAUCAAAGUCGGCCCAAGCGAUCUGACGCAUCUAAAAAAGCCCCCAACCCAAGCCAAGUUGCGCAGCACCGAUGGAGAGUGGUAUACUGGAGGGUUAGAAGUAUUCCAUCAGCUGCACUGCGUGAAUCUGAUCCGGCAAUAUACGUACCUCGACUAUUAUUCCCGUCCCGAAAAUCGACCUCCAUCUUUCACGGAUUCCAACCAUACCCUUCGCCUGCACAUUGACCAUUGCAUCGACAUGCUCCGGCAGGUAGUGCAGUGCCAAGGAGAUGCUGGCAUCGUGACCAGCAGCUGGGUGGAAGGCUUUCCUGAUCCCGUAUCCCGAUUUUAA